CCCCUUUCAAAGGUCUCAGCAUCCUCACGCUACCUCCUGCCGCCACUUCCACCUGGGCCCCCCGCAGCCGCAGCAGCUCGCUCCCGACUUCCCCCUGGCCCACCCGGUGCAGUCGCAGCCAGGCCUCAGCGCCCACAUGGCCCCGGCCCACCAGCACAGCGGCACCCUGCACCAGUCGCUGACUCCGCUGCCCACCCUGCAGUUCCAGGAUGUCACAGGUCCCUCCUUCCUACCUCAGGCCCUGCACCAGCAAUACCUCCUGCAGCAGCAGCUCCUGGAAGCCCAGCACCGCAGGCUUGUCUCGCACCCCAGGCGGAGUCAGGAGCGUGUGUCUGUCCACCCCCACCGCCUCCACCCCAGCUUUGACUUCGGCCACCAACUCCAGACACCUCAGCCCAGGUAUCUGGCUGAGGGUACUGACUGGGAUCUCAGCGUGGACGCUGGCUUGAGUCCUGCCCAGUUCCAGGUGCGGCCCCUCCCCCAGCACUAUCAGCAUUACCUAGCGACUCCUCGAAUGCACCACUUUCCCAGAAACUCCUCCUCCACGCAGAUGGUCGUCCAUGAAAUCCGAAACUACCCUUACCCUCAGCUUCACUUCCUUGCUCUCCAGGGUCUGAACCCCAGCAGACACACCUCCGCCGUGAGGGAGAGCUAUGAGGAGCUGCUGCAGCUUGAGGACAGGUUGGGAAAUGUGACUCGGGGAGCUGUACAGAACACCAUUGAGCGGUUCACCUUCCCCCAUAAGUAUAAGAAGCGAAGACCGCAGGAUGGCAAGGGCAAGAAGGAAGACGGGGAGGAGUCAGACACAGAUGAGAAAUGCACGAUCUGCCUGUCUAUGCUGGAAGACGGAGAAGAUGUGAGGCGUCUUCCCUGUAUGCAUCUCUUCCACCAGCUGUGCGUGGACCAGUGGCUCGCCAUGAGCAAGAAAUGCCCCAUCUGCCGAGUGGACAUUGAGACACAACUGGGAGCCGACAGCUGAGGGAGGAGUUAGCCAGUGGACGCCCCAUUUUCCUUCACCAGGUCCCCCCCACGGCCAUAGCCCUUGCAGCCAAACUUUGCCUUCUGAGCCAUUUGAUGUAGAGGAAAAGCCUGCAAGCACAUUUUGUGGAAAGAGGAGUUGGUGGUGUCAGUGUCGGAGGGAGAGGAGGGGCCGGGGAGGACGCGCCAUCGGGAAUGGUCAGGGCCCCUUCACCUCGCCCGCUGCGCAGAGGGCGGGAGCUGGCCGGAGCAGGGGCGGGAGGGGGGCCCACGCUGCUGAGAAUCCAGAUGUGAUCCUGAAGGUCCUAGCUGAUCGACCAGCCCCUCAAUCCUGUCCUUCGAAGGAUUGUAUAUAUACCUCUCGACCACGUAGAAACCAUGUAGGGGUCUCUAGCUAUUUCUGUGGAUGGCAGCCGGAGCAUGUUAGCUUAAGAAAAAUGUCGUGUGUGGUGCUCUAGUCAUCUUGUGGUGGACAUGUCGCUAUUACCGAAUUCGCACCAAAUAUUUCUCAUUGAGUUUCUUGUUUUGGUGCCUGACUGAACCCAACCAACGACAGCCCAAAUCUUCCCGUCUUUAUGAGAGGAAAGGAAAAAGGAAUCGAAGGUGGAAAAAAAAAAAGCCAAAUCCUGUUUACGGUGAAAAGGAUGAUUUUUUUUUUCACCCAGGUUGGGAGGCGGGAGGGGGGUGUCUCGUUUUGUCCUUGGUUUUGUUUUCUCCUUAGCUUUUGUUUUUCUCAUGUUUACAGUGCACGGAGCAUGGAGGGGGCAUCUGGGAGAGGGAAGGCCUGGAGAAGGAGCAGGCAGGGGUCUUAGACGGGCCUCUGAGGGGCUCAGUCAAGGUUAGGAAGAGUUUGGGUAGGUGAAGGAGGGCGUUCUGGUUUGAAAGGGGGGCUUCCCAGUUCCAGGGCUCAUUUCCUUGUUUCCAGCCAUUCCUCCCACCCCAAUUCCACAAGGAACCAGGGAGAGGUCAGUCUUCGGUUAGAGUUGCCCCCUUGUUCCUUAAAGCCAGGAUGCCCCUGGUCAUGCCAACUUCUUCCUCUCAGCUCUGCUCAUGCCCUGUCACUAAGAGGCAAUUUGGCCACUGCCUCCUUAUGCAAAAAAUUAGCCGGAUGAUAAAGACACAAUAGUAUAAGUAGUAGACAUUUAGUCUUGGCCACGGCGUUCUCAGUUAUUACACAGGGACUGACGUGAAGUCAUGGGCCUUGAGAAUGACCUUGAACUUCCUUUAGGAUGUCUUGGAUCCUGAUGGAGUUGCUCAGAGAUGACCCUGGCCCUGAGACCACCUUGGCUGGGUUUGGAGGCUCUGCGUCCCUUGCCUCUUGCUCUUUGAUAUUCGUGGGCAAGUCCCUUUCUUUCUCUGUGCCUCAGUUUCCUUCCCCUUAGAGUGGGGAGAAAUGACAGUGCAUCCCCAUUUCCACUUGCUCUACCUCACCUAGACGUCGUGAGGAUAAAUACUAUCUGCCUGAUGCAUCCUAUGCUCUCUCCUGGGAAGAUCCUUGGGGUUUAGGGAUAGGGGCUGGCAGGAGAGACAGAUGUGGAAGUUCCCUGUGGUAUCACAGUGUGUCUUUCUUCACCACCCCACAUGUUCCUGAACCUUAAAGGGAACAGAGAGAUGGGAGGACAGAUGUAUGGAGAUGAGAAAAAUCCACCAAAUUCCAGCCCCAACCCAACUUCCUUUACCCACAUGUGGAAAACAGCAGCUCACCUGGAAUUCUGGUCUCUUCCUUUGCUCCCCACUCCUGUGCCUCAUUUGCACUGCUCUCAAAGCCUAUGAUCCCAGGUCCCCCGCCUCCAUCUCAAGGCUCUUAUAAUAACAGAAGACUAAGGAGCAUAGGAUUCUUAUCACCUAUCUGAAAAAAUUCCAUAAGGUUAAGGAAAGCUGAGUUUGCAUUGCUGCUACAAAAGGAUAAAACCAAGAGCAGCAGGUAAAAUGCGUGGGGAAGCAGAUUUGAGCUGAGGUGGGGUCUUCUGACACAACCAGGGCUGUGAG